GGAGGGGAUGGAGACGGGAUGAGCAAUAAAAAACCGAGGGGAGCAGCAGGAGGAACAGGGAGAGAGAGGGAAAAUGAGGAAAGAGGAGAAGCAGAAUCUUUCUGCAUUGUAUGGAUUGCAUAUUGGUUCAAGGAGGGGCAUGCCGAGGGAGGGGCAUUGGAGAUUCCUGUGUUUGUGAGAACGGAAAAGCGCAGGGAGAGGGAGAGAAGCAUGUGUGAGAGUGUAAUGUGUGCUGGACUGUUUGAACCUGUGUGACGGCGUGUCUGUCGGAGGCGGUCGUGGAGCUGCUGGAGAGGUGACUCGCCUCAGCGCCUCCUCUGGGUUGUCAGCGCCUGAUGCACUCAGAGGACACACGGGGUCCACGAGACGAGGAGAGGGGCGUGAUGGCAGGAUGCAUCCCCACUAGUUCAUGCAUCUCCAGACAUCCACCUGGACCUCCGUUGGCUUUUCCUCCUGAUCCACUGCAGCCCUCCUCAGUGAGGCUGCCCGCCUGGCUUCCUGCUGCUGCGCUCUCUGCACGGAUGCUGCUGUCAGCUCACAUGUGAGACAAUGAUCUGGACUGGACUGCCUUCACCUCUGGGCCGUGCUCUUUUAGGGUGACAUUACUGAAUUUUUAAAGACUCAACCUUUCCCUUUACAGCCACUCUCUUCUCUGCUCUGAACAACGAUUUCUGCUGCCAGGACGGACUAAGCAACACGUAAGAUGGGGAUACACCAUCUAACAACAAGGUCAGGUAAAAAACUAUAGCCAAAGGAAUGAGUCAUCAGACAAUAAAGGACAAUAUGAAGGUUUCUUUGCAUCAAUAGCUCCAUGAAUAUGCAGUGAAAGAAGCCAACUGGGUGUUUUUGUGUUUUAUGGGAACAAAAGAGCUGCUUUUCAUUGGCAGAGCUUUCAAGGUUGUCAGGAGGAGAACAUUUGUUAUUUUCGAAUCCCAGGGAAAUAGAAAUCAGCAAGCAAAAAAAAAUCUGCAACUAUAACUAAGAAAGUAAGUUGGGGAAUGGAUAAAACCAACAGCUCUCAUGCUGUUGAGUCUUCCAAGGGAAAACUUUGCCUCCCUCAGUGCAAGUUUUUGACCACCUUUGUGCCAUCGGACUGUUUGACGCCCCGACAAACUGACAAACAGUCAGCAGUUCAGUCUUCUCCGUAGGAUUCCAUUCGUCAACUGCGUCUCCUCUAAAACUUGGCCACAUGAGUGACGGCGGCACCCUGCAACAACGCACCACCUACCUCAUUUCCCUCACCUUGGUGAAGGUAGAGGCUGUGGAAGAGAAUGGAGGGGAGGCCAGGAGCAGCACCCAAGGGAAGGAAGUGGAAACUGGGCAAGGAAGAUGGACGGAGGAAGAGAUGCAAGCAAAAGUGGAGAUUGAAGAAAAGGCACAGAGUGAUCCAGCUCAAAGAGCUCAAGAUGUUGUCAUGAAAAGUGGCACAGAUGAACUCAAGAGUAAAGAAAGAAAACCCAUCCCUAAUGUUGAUGCCACAACUAGGGGGUGUGAAAAGCCACCACUCAACCUGUCAAUCCCCCUACCUGCUGAGAGAACGUCCCUUCAGAAGUCUCCAAACAUGGUUGAAAAGACGGUUCCAACGCUGACCACAACACCGCCAGCAGAGAUGCUCGAACCCAGUCGAACCCCGACUCGGACAAGCCUCCCGAUCCGCCCGGCAGGACAGCGGCCCGUCAGUCUGCUGAAGUCUCAUAGCAGCGUGGCCACCCGAGGUCGCGACUCCAGAGACGGUCGGGAGCGUAGCCCUACCUCAGCCCAGAGCCUUGAUCGAAAGGACUGCCGCAUCACCAUGCGUUCGCCGGGCCCCUGCAGGGCCUCCUGGGCAGAGGCCAGCCGGCCUGAAGUCUGGAGGAACCUUCAGGAUGAAAGUCAAAUCGGUCUGGAAACUGAAAGCGUAAUCGCGGCAGUGAUGAGAGACAUGCCCAGGAAGGACAGACUGAAGACGGGGUCAAGCUCCCUACCUGCACCCGCUACACAGACUUCCAAGCCAGCACGGAAGGGGAAAAGCCGCACGCUGGACAACAGUGACCUGAACAGCCUCUCUGAAGACCUGGGGCUGGCCAGAGACGGCCAGCAGACCCAGCAGGGCCAACGAGGCGCCGCUAAAGACAGGAAGAUGCUCAAGUUCAUCAGUGGUAUUUUCACAAAGAGCAGUUCAGUGUCAGCAGGCCCGACCUCCACAGCACCCCCUGUUUACAUCCAAAGAGACUCCAGCGAAGAGGAAGUUAAUAUUGCCAACAGUCAGGAGUGGACCCUGAGCAGGACCAUUCCAGAGCUGAGACUGGGUAUUCUAGGAAGUCUGAAAAGUGGCAAAACAGCGCUGGUUAACAAGUACGUCACAGGCGUGUAUGCUGCAGUCGAGAAGCCUGAUGGUGGGAGGUAUAAGAAGGAGGUGUCGGUGGAUGGGCAGAGUCAUUUGUUACUGAUCCGGGAGGAAGCCGGGCCACCUGAUGGACAGUUCAGCAGCUGGGUUGAUGCGGUGAUCCUGGUCUUCAGUCUGGAGAAUGAGGCCAGUUUCCAGGAGCUCUACCAGCUCUACAGCCAGCUCAGUGCUCACCGCUCAGACAUCCCAGUCAUCGUCGUGGGCACCCAAGACAAAAUAAGCAGCACCAACCCUCGGGUGAUUGAAGAUCAGAGAGCCCGGCAGCUCUGCAUCGACGUGCGCCACUCGCUGUUUUACGAGACCUGCGCUACUUACGGUUUCAAUGUUGACAGAGUGUUUUCGGAGGCUGCUCAGAAGAUUGUGGCCCAGAAGAAGCAGGCGGCGCUGCAGGCAUGCAAGUCUCUGCCCAAUUCACCCAGCCACUCAGGAGGCUCCACACCGGGAUCGGCUUCACUCCCUGGACAGGCCAGUAAUGGCCUCGGCAGUGGCUACGCCUGCUCCCUCCCCUCCACCCCCGUGGUGAGUCACAGGGAGCUGCGGGUCUCUCAGGUAGACGGUGGAGGUAGUGUCAACUCUCGUUCGCUGAGAGGCAUCCCUAGAAGGCCGUCCCUCUUUAAGAAAGGAGACCCGGAUAAAAAAACGGGUGAUGCUAAAGGGGACCAGAGCAGUGCGCGAGGUGUUCCAAUCAAACAGGGCAUCCUCUGGAAGAGAAGUGGUAGCUCUCUGAAUAAAGAGUGGAAGAAGAAAUACGUUACCCUGUCCAACAACGGCACGCUGUCCUAUCACUCCAGCUCCAAUGACUAUACCCAGAAUACUCACGGAAAAGAAAUUGACUUGCUGCGUGUGACAGUGAAGGUUCCUGGGAAACGUCCUCCGAGAGCGGUCGCACCUGCAGGGCCCUCACCUGUCCCUGCAGGCGCUGUGCCUGGAGUUAACGGGCUGAGCAAGGAGCUGACAGCAGCUGACAGCAGCAGCACAGUUCCUCAGUUGUGUCCACCCACUCUGUCCGUGGUCGAUGACCACUCUGGUGCUUUGUCUCCUCAAAGAGGUGAGAGAGGACUUCAGCGCUGCCCCUCCUCACUGUCCACUAAAGCACAGAGCAUCGAUGGUCUAGAAGGGACAGCUGGUCCUUUUGCUGGAAAAGACCCCAACCAGUCGUCUCCAAUGAGUGACAGGAAGAAAAACAGGAGGAAGAAGAGCAUGAAUCAGAAGGGAGAUGUGGCUGCAGGGCAAGCCGAAGCCAAACGCAAAAUGUGGAAAUUAAAGAGCUUUGGUAGCUUGAGAAACAUUAAUAAGACAGAGGAGGAGAACGCAGACUUUAUCAUAGUUUCAUUUACUGGACAGCAAUGGCACUUUGAUGCUCAGAGCCAGGAGGACCGGGACUCGUGGGUGUCGGCUAUCGAGAGCCAGAUCCUGGCGAGUCUGCAGUCGUGUGAGAGCGGCAGAAACAAGGCACGGAGGAGCAGUCAGAGUGAAGCCGUGGCGCUUCAGGCCAUCCGAAACGCCAAGGGCAACAAUCAGUGUGUGGACUGUGAGGCACCCAAUCCAACAUGGGCGAGUCUCAACCUGGGCGCCCUGAUCUGCAUCGAGUGCUCAGGGAUCCACCGGAACCUGGGGACUCACCUGUCUCGAGUUCGCUCGCUGGACCUGGACGACUGGCCCGGAGAGCUCACGCAGGUUCUGGCCGCCAUCGGGAACCACAUGGCCAACAGCGUGUGGGAGAGCCGCACGCUGGGCCGGAUCAAACCCACACCGAACGCAACACGAGAGGAGCGAGAGUCCUGGAUUCGAGCUAAGUACGAGCAGCGUGCUUUCGUGCCGCCUCUUCCGUCGCCCUCAGGGAGCCUGGAGGACAGCAUGUCGGAGCUGCUGCUGACUGCAGUGACUGAGAGAGACCUGCUCAGGCUGCUGCUGCUUCUGGCCCACAGCACCAAGGACCAGAUCAACACUCAGCCGGCCGGAUCGUCUUCGUUCCCUCGGACGGCUCUCCACGCUGCCUGUCAGCUGGGAGACGUAGUCAUGACCCAGCUUCUUGUCUGGUACGGAAUCGAUGUGAAAGCAAAAGACAGCCAAGGCCAGACGCCCAUGAUGAUCGCCAGGAAAACAGGGAGCAAAGGCUGCAUUGAUAUUUUGCUCCAGCACGGAUGCUCCAACGAGGCCUCCCCCACCACCGCCGCCACUCCCAUCCUCUCCCGCCGCUCCAGUACUGCCAGCCUGGGCCGAACCAGCUCCAAGAAGCGCGUGUCGUAGCCGAAGACGCCGCAGGAGCAUCUGCAAGGGCUGGAGGACGCUUGUAGUUCAGAGACCUUUAGGGAGUCUGGGCUCAAGCAGAGGCGGAGACGGAUCCCAGGACUGCUGCAUACCAUAAUGAAAAUAUUGUUUGUGAUGACUGAACGACAUAUCAAACAUCAAAGCAAUAUCCACGGAGUUUAUCUCAAACAUGUUGCAGAAAUGCUGUAGUUGUUGACCUCAUUUCAAAGUGUAGCGGUCUUCUGUAUUUUUAGCGCACUCUGCUGCUUGUUUCACUUCCUCCUGAUGAAGUGCAAUAAUCGAGCUGCAGCGACGAAGAGCGACAGGUUGAAAUGACUGCACGCUUUCCUUGUGACUGGACCAAAUGUUUUCCUUUUACAAAUUUAACCAUAAACCUACAAUAUAUCAACUUGUGUUCCAUGUAAGCGCCUCAGCUUGGCCGGUGAAAAACCUUAUUCAGUCACAAAGCGGCUGAGAAAAGUUAAUAAAAAAAUACCUAGUUUGGAAUAGGAAAGGAGUCGAUGUUCUGAUCACAGGUCAAAGACGUAAAGGUUAAUAUUACUGUAAAUGUACCGAUACUACAUAAGUAACUAUGUGACAGAAAAAAGGAAAAAAAAAACAAUUUUGUAAAUGAUUUCUUACUGGUAGCUUUGAAAAAAGUUUGUUUUUCAUUGUAUUUUAUAAUUUGUUGUUUUCUUACAUAUCAUAAAUCAGUGAGCAGAUGGUCUGAUAUAUGUAACCUGUGCUAAAAGUUUGUUUUUUUUCUGUUGCUGAGUCUACAUGACAGUGUCAUUUACAGUUGUAUUACUGUUGUAUGGGUCAUGAUUUACAUAUGAAGAGUGAAGCAGUGCGGGUGUCAGAAUUACUCCUGACUCCAUCUGAAGCCUUCAUGAAAUAAAAGAAGUGGUCAUCAGAAUCAAAUUAAACUUUUUUAUUAGCAUUAA